AUGGCCGACCAAUCUUCCUCCCGCGCCACCACCAGCGGCAGGAAAGACAAGUCUUCACCGGCCAAAUGUCCUUCUCAUCGCCGUUUCUGGAUUAACCAGCCGGUUGUUCAACGCUCCGGUGGUACCAACUUGAAAGACAGCCACAUCAAAUCACCCGAAUCCCUAUCAAGAUUCUUGAAAUUUUCGGAACACCGACUCCCCAACCAAUUCGAAUGGGUUUCCAUCGACGUCAACAUCGACAGAAGCUAUCAUGACUUCAUCACCCGCUAUUACUUCGACGGAGGCGAAGAAGACACCCGCGUUCUGAACUUCCCCUACUCCCCCGUUUUCCUCCGCUGGUUCCUCCGCGCUCCCGGUUUUAUCAGAUCCCUCCACGUCGGCAUCCGCGAGAAGAGAACCAAGAAACUGGCCGGAUUCAUCGCCGGCACGCCUGCUACAAUCCGAAUCAAAACAGAGAUCCACCGGGUCGCAGUUGCUAACCUCCUCUGCCUCCACAAGGCCCAUCGAUCUAAGCUGCUAGCGUGCGUUCUGAUCAACGAGCUCGCUCGCCGAGCCACAGUUAAUGAGAUUUGGCAAGGGGUUUACGCCACCGAAGCCCGCGUUGCCUCCCCCUUAUGUUCCUGCGAAUGGCUUCAACGCCUUUUCAACCCUGCGAAGCUCCGCAAGCUCGGCUAUGUCGCUAACAAGAAUAAAACGGAAAAAACGAAGCAAUGUCGAGAUUCAAAAUCUUCCGCCGGAGCCGGAGACGAUCGGGUUUCGUAA